AUUGAAAAUAAGUAUUAUCUCAUCUUAUGAGUUAUUUUUCAUUUAAUUUGAAACAACAAUAAAUUUGAUAGUGGAGUAAUUUGAUAAAGAAAAAAUGAGUACGAACUGAACUAUAUGGUACCGUGAAAACAGCACUUCCGGCGGAACGAAAUUGUCGCGAAUGAUCACGUGAUCAAAGAUCGACUUCUUCGUUUAGUGACCACGAGGUUUUGUGGUAGAAAUUAAGUUAACCGGGUGAAAAAAACCCAUUAUUUUUGUAUUUAUACAAAAAUGCCCUCCAGUAAUCCUCUACCACCCAAAGAAAAUGCUUUGUUUAAGCGAAUUUUGAAAUGUUACGAACACAAGCAGUACAAAAAUGGAUUAAAAUUUGCUAAGCAAAUUUUGUCCAAUCCAAAAUUUAGUGAACAUGGAGAGACAUUGGCAAUGAAAGGAUUGACUCUUAAUUGCUUAGGUAGAAAAGAAGAAGCUUAUGAUCAUGUACGUCGUGGUCUCAGAAACGAUUUGCAAUCUCAUGUUUGCUGGCAUGUCUAUGGAUUACUACAAAGAUCAGACAAAAAAUAUGAUGAAGCAAUCAAAGCAUAUAGGAAUGCUCUCAAAUGGGACAAAGAUAAUAUUCAAAUUCUCAGGGAUUUAUCGCUACUCCAAAUUCAAAUGAGAGAUUUAGAGGGUUAUAAAGAUACAAGAUAUCAAUUGUUUAUGUUAAGGCCAACUCAAAGAGCAUCAUGGAUUGGAUUUGCAAUAUCGUAUCAUUUAUUGAAAGACUAUGAAACAGCAUUAAAAAUACUUGACACGUUUAGAGACUCUCCAAUGGUUUGCUAUGAUUAUGAACAUAGUGAGCUGUUAUUAUAUCAAAAUAUGGUGAUUCAAGAAUCAGGAGAUAGUGAACAAGCAUUAGAACAUCUUAACAUUUAUAGUGAUCAAAUAUGCGAUAAAAUAACUGUUAAAGAAACUUAUGGCAAAUUACGUCUUGAAUUAGGACAGUAUGCUGAAGCAGUUCAAGUGUACAAGGAUUUAUUAAGUAUUAAUCCUGAAAAUACUACGUAUUAUGAAAAACUUGCUGAAGCUGAAAGACACACUUCUCCGGGAGAUACGCUCACUAUGCUCCAAAGAUACGAAGAAUUGUUUCCUCGUGCAUUAGCUCCUCGUCGAUUACAACUUAAUUAUGCAUCUGGUGACCAAUUUAAAUCUUUGGUUGAUAGAUAUUUACGAAGAGGUUUGCAUAAAGGAGUACCACCAUUGUUUGUUAGUCUUCGUUCUUUAUACGUUGAUAAACAGAAAACAGAUAUAAUACAGUCACUUAUAUUGGAAUAUAAGGAUGCAUUAAAAAGCCAUGGACAUUUUAAUGAUUCUGAAAAAGAUAAUCCACGAGAACCAGCAUCUGCUUUAUUGUGGACAUAUUAUUAUUUGGCACAACAUUACGAUUAUCUUGGAAUGACAGAGAAAGCCUUUGAAGAAAUUAAUGCUGCUUUAUCUCAUACACCAACUCUCAUAGAGCUCUUUGUUACCAAAGGACGUAUAUAUAAACAUGCUGGAAAUGUUCAAGAUGCUUAUAAAUGGUUGGAUGAAGCCCAGGGUUUAGAUACUGCUGAUCGGUACAUAAAUUCUAAAUGUGCCAAAUAUAUGUUACGUGCAAAUCUUGUAAAAGAAGCCGAAGAAACGUGCGGAAAAUUCACACGAGAAGGUGUUCCACCAAUGGAAAAUCUUAAUGAAAUGCAAUGCAUGUGGAUUCAAACUGAAGCUGCACGUGCAUAUCAACGUUUAGGGAAAUAUGGCGAGGCAUUAAAAAAAUGUCAUGAAGUUGAUCGCCAUUUCUCAGAAAUUAUAGAAGACCAAUUUGACUUUCACACAUAUUGUAUGCGAAAAAUGACUCUACGUUCUUAUGUUGGAUUAUUAAGGCUGGAGGAUGUUUUGCGGUCUCAUCCAUUUUACUUCAAAGCGGCAAAAUGUGCAAUCGAAGUAUACUUACGACUUCAUGAUAAUCCACUGCCAGAUCCCACGCAAAUACAAGAAAUCGACACUGAAAAUCUGGCACCGUCAGAACUAAAAAAAUUAAGGAACAAGCAACGAAAGCAACGCAGAAAGGCUGAACUUGAACGACAGCAAGCUGCUCAAGCUCAAGAAAAAAGAGAGCAGCACAACAAGUCUCGUCAACAGACAGAUCCUGAUUUUGAACAGCCGACUUUGGAUGAAUUAAUUCCAGAAAAACUUGAAAGAGCUGAUGAUCCUCUUGAACAGGCAAUUAAAUUUUUGCAACCUUUACAAAAUUUGGCAGCCGAUCGGAUAGAAACUCACCUGAUGGCAUUUGAAAUCUACAUUCGUAAAGGUAAGAUUCUUUUGAUGUUACAAUCAAUCAAACGAGCCCAUCGACUAGACGCUAACAAUCCUGAACUUCAUUCUUGCUUGGUACGCUUUUUACGACUUACGUCAGUUCAGCAUCUUGAAGGUCCAGUUGCUGAAGUUGUCAAACGACAAACCAGCGAAAUCUUUUCAAAUACAGAUCCUGUACAAUUCAACGCUGAUUUCUUAAAGAAAAAUAGCAAUUCAUUACCGCAUUUAUUGCAAGCCGGAAGAAUGUUAUACUUCUUAGAUCCCACUGCUCAAACAAAAGCUCUCUCACUUGUCACUAAUCUUGAUGGACUCGACGGUGUGAAUUUAAAUAAUUGUACGAGGGUGCUGGAAGCUCUCUGUAAUAAAGAUUUUGGUACUUGUGAUUCUGCAAUAGACGAAUAUAUGGCAAAAUGUCACAAGCGUUUUCCUUAUGCUAAUGCAUUUAGACCACCAGAAUCAAAGAGCACCACUGUUAAUCAUCAAGACAAAGAAAAUUCUAUCAAAAAUUGAUCAUAAAUUGAGCUCACUUCGACCUAUGUGAUUGAUCAUAACGUGGAUGCGUAACAAUACGCUUUCAUCUUCUUAUCAACAAAUAUUUAUGGAAAAGUCAUGGAAGGAAUAAAUUAUUAUUGAAUAAAAAUUAAAUAAAUAAAUCAAGGUUAAUGAAAUUGAGCGUGUGAUCAACGGCCUUUGACCCUUAUUGAUAAAGAAUUGUAUUAAGUGAAAGAUAAUAGUGUUCUUAAAACAGUGCUGAUAAACAAUCUUAAUAAAUUAACGACGUGUGUUAACAUUGUCGAAUAUAGCGUAGUUUGGAAUUUAAAUAAAAUACCAAGGACAUUAGAUAUGUUCAAUUGAUAAUAAUCGUAGAAACGAUUGAAAGCGUUCUAACGUGAGAGUUGAUUGAAUUUUUCGAAUGACAUGAGGAACGUGAUAAAACCCUUUGUAUGUGUCGAACUGUAUUUGUGUACAGGGUGCGUGCAAAAUUCAUUAACGAAAAAUAUUCAUAAACAUAUUCAUUGUUUAUGUUCACAUAUUCUACAUCAUCUUUUUCCAUUGAAUCAAGUGAAAUAAAUGGUUUAAAAUUAAUAUCUAAAAAUGACACUCUACUGUGUAGAGUCCUCGUAAAAGUUCUACUAUUUGCAUUAGGCAUGACUGUUAUCGGAAUCAUAUGAAGUUAACUUUCUGUAAUAACAACCCAAUAUGUGUCGACCUCAAAACAAAACACGUAUAUAAUAUUGAACUUUAAAUCUAUAAUAAUUAUUUCCAUUACACUUUUGUAA